AUGUCUGACAACGUACCAAUCGACUUGGCCUUGUCCAUCACCAGUUGCGUUACCCACGUUGAGGAAGAAGCUCAGCAACAAGCCAUGUGGGCUCUUCCUGAAACUCAGUCCAAUGGUGGUAUCCCUGAGCUUCUCCAGCAACAGGAGGAGGAUGGCAAGCUGCAAAAUCUACGCCAAUAUCUUGCGUCGUGCCACAAUAUGAACCAAGCAGCUCAAACCCUUAACAGCGAUUCGUGCUGUUCCCAAGCUACCACCCUUGAGCCCGAAGGAAAACUGUAUCCUGCAAAAAUUACUUCGUCUCCUGAUUUCAUGGACAAGCAAAUGGAGGUCUGGAACGUGGUGCUGGCAGACGACAACUCAGCCCUUCUGAAAAAAAUGUUUCCUUCCAUGGAACAAGUACACGAUGAGUACUUCUCCAUGGAGCCCGUCAACGGCCAGCCGACGCUCUGCGUCUUUGAGCGACUGGGCAUAUCCAAGGCCGUUAUGAACCUGCUUCAUGGAGUUUUGGACGAUGAGGUCCUCAGCAGUGCCGUUGGCCUCCGCGGAGACAUCACGUACGGCCCUCUUGACGAAGAUGACGAUUCAAUCGUGGAAGACGAUGAGUCCGAAUUCGAGCAGCAUUGUAGCUUCUGUGUCUACUCCAACACGGAGUGUGGUCGACAUUUUCCUGUUGUCGGAGUUGAGUACAGGCCAUCUGAUCCUCCCAUGGUGCAAGAGAUUACCACUGCCUUGGUCGAGGAUAUUUUUCCGGAGCGCGAUGUUAUUGGAAGAGAGGAUGACUCCUAUACCUUUGUUUCAUCAUCGAAGCAGGUGAUUACUGCCAUCAUCACUCAAUUGUUUGACCGCAUGGUGAAAUCGGGUGUGCCUUACGGCUACAUCUACACGGGAGAAGCCAUCAUCUUUCUAGAGAUUCACGACGAUCCGUCUAUCGCGCACUGCUACGUCAGCAUCCCCGACAAUGACGUCUCUGCUGAAGAUGAAUCGACUCUGCGCUACUCUGCUGUCGGCCAAAUCUUUGCCUUCAUGAUCAGAGCGAUGCAAGCUGGACCCCGUUCGGUGCAGUGGCACGACCGAACUGCAACCCUUGACGUUUGGCGGAGCAGCCGCAGCGAGGCACUGCUCAACAUGCCGUCGUAUCAGAGUGCACCAGGCUCUUCCAGCGCUACUAGCUAUGGCGAUGAGGUGAUGGAUGAUGUCGACGCUGAGUACGAACAGGUCGGCCAAGACAAUGAAGUCGAUGAAAACAAUGAAAACAACCAAGACAACAAUCAGGGUGGCGAAGACGAGUAUGAGGAGUAUCACGAUUAUUACCUCGACAUUGACGAAGACAUGUACGUGGCCGUUGAUAUCAAACUGGAAUGGGGACAGGAUGGAGAGCUCAUCCCCACUCGAGACGAAGACCAACAAUACGCGCACCAGCACGGGGAAGAAGGCUUCGUCGAUGAUGGCAAAUGCACCUACUGGUUCGUAGAUGGCGAGGUCAUUGUUAGUGACAUUCGACAGCGCCAAUAUUGUACCCAAGAGUGCCUGCUUGGUUUGUCCGACGGAGCGUCUCUGGAUCAAGCUUGCCCCAACAUCGACAAGCACGGAGACGAGCACAUCAGCAAUCUUGAGUUUCUCCGCAUGGUUCAGAGCCAGCUUGCCCGGACUCGCCACGUAUCUGGCUGUUGCGUCUCGCUUGACUUGCAAGGCUCCCUGGGAGCCAUGUUCAAGGUCAUGAUUCCUUCUCACGGCUACACCUUCGUUGCCAAGGGUGUCACGGAGCAAAACGUGCCCCGUCUGUUGCGUGAAGCAGACACGUACACUAGGCUCAGAGACGUCCAAGGAGGAUGCGUCCCCGUCUAUCUUGGCAUCGUUCAGCUUGAAGCGGCAUUUGACCACGAUAGCACCGCCUACAGUCACUUCAUGCUUCUCAGCUGGGCCGGUCGCCCCGUGGAAAAUCUCACGGAAUCGCAAGCAAGCCAUGGCUUUGUCAAUUCUACACGCCGGGCUUACACGGAACUGCACAAUGCCGGCCUGGUUCACAAUGACGCGGAGCUGCGGAACAUGCUCUACAAUCCCCAGCUUGAUAGAAUCAUGCUUGUGGACUUUGAGCACGCAUCCAUCUACGAAUGCCACGUCGCCGAGUUUCAGUAUCGCAACUACCAUGCCACUAUUGAGGAGGUUGAAGACGAAGAGGCCGGCGGCAGUAGCAGCAACAACGAUGGCCGCGACCACAUCCAUAACCACACCCCUGGCCACAGCCACGGCGGUGGCCUCCGACGAGUCAGCCGGUGCGAGAAUCUGCGAAGGGAGUUUGAGGUUGCGUCUGAGCGAGAGCUGAGCCGCGCUGUCAACCUGAUGGAGAACCUCGCUCCAACGCUGCGCCCGUGGCACAUCGUCUAG